GCCAAUCUGAGAGGGACAAAGCCGAAUCGGCCCCCGGCGUCGCCACUUCUUGUCGUCGUCCUCCUCACGGUCUCGACCGCGAAAUCGAAGCCCCCCGAAAACCCUAGCUCCCCAUCGCCGCGACCCCUUUCCGCCCCUCUGCCGCCGCCGCGCGGGCUCUUCGGGUACCAGAGGAGGGGUAGCCGAGAGGGCGGCGAUGGCGUCAACGGUGCUGGAGGCGACGCGGGCGGCUCACGAGGAUCUGGAGAGGCUGGAGCGGCUCGCUGUGCGCGAGCUGCAGCGGGACCCCGCCAAUGCGCGGGACCGCCUCUUCCAGUCCCACCGCGUCCGCCACAUGCUCGACCUCGUCGUAUCCACCUCCGACAAGCUCGUGGAAAUCUACGAGGACAAGGACAAUGCUAGGAAGGAUGAUAUCUCCACCCAUCUUACUGCGCCCACGCAAAGUGGAAUGUUUAGCAAGUACUAUGAAAGGCUCAAAGAGAUUCGUGAUUAUCAUAGGCGGAACGCUUCUGCCCGUUUCGUCAGUACAACUGGCGAUUACGAAGAGCUUCUAAAGGAGGAGCCAGUUAUUGAAUUCACUGGCGAGGAAGCUUUUGGCCGGUACCUAGACUUGCAUGAGCUUUAUAACGAGUUCAUAAAUUCCAAGUUUGGAGCUCCAAUGGAGUACUCAGCAUAUGUUGGCACAUUUUCCCAGACGGAUAAGAUUACGCAGAACCAUAAGGCUACAAGGCAAUACAAAGAUUACUUGGAGCAUAUUUUGGAAUAUUUGACAUCAUUUAUGUAUCGAACAGAGCCAUUGCAAGAUACUGAGAAAAUUUUUACAAAGUUGGAAAGUGAGUUUGGGGAACGAUGGGCCAAUGGCGAAUCACCUGUGCCACAAGAGUCUGAAAUAGACCUUGAUUACUAUAGCACAGUUGAUGAACUUAUUGAGCUUGGGCCAGAAAAGUUGAAGGAGGCUUUAGCUUCUCAUGGAUUGAAAAGUGGUGGUACUGUUCAACAACGCGCGGAGCGUCUUUUCUUGUUGAAGCAUACACCUUUGGCACAAUUGGACCGUAAGCAUUUUGCCAAAGUUUCACGUAAUUCUGUCUCAAACAUACCUUCAAAUGGCAACAAUUUCAAGGACGAUUUGAAGAAGGAAAUUGCUUUGAUGGAAGUGAAGAUGCGUCGUCUUUGUGAGCUGCUAGAUGAGGUCAUUGUACGGACAAAAGAAAAUGCAGAGAAGAAGCUAACUUUGACUUAUGAAGAGAUGGAAGCAGAACGGGAAGAGGAGGAGGUACAGGCUGAUACCGAAAGUGAUGAUGAAGAGCAACAAAUCUACAACCCUCUCAAAUUACCAAUGGGUUGGGAUGGGAAACCUAUCCCCUACUGGCUAUACAAGCUACAUGGUCUUGGGCAGGAAUUUAAGUGUGAGAUAUGUGGAAACCACAGUUAUUGGGGGCGAAGGGCUUAUGAGCGUCAUUUCAAGGAGUGGCGUCAUCAGCACGGGAUGCGAUGUCUUGGUAUUCCUAAUACUAAAAACUUCAAUGAAAUCACGUCCAUCCAGGAGGCGAAAGAUCUCUGGGAGAAAAUACAAGCACGGCAAGGGGUGGUUAAGUGGAGGCCAGAAUUGGAAGAAGAGUACGAAGAUCAGGAAGGCAACAUCUACAACAAGAAGACCUACACUGACCUGCAGCGCCAAGGCCUGAUCUAGAAUUUUAGAUGGGAUAGUAACGCUUUAAGGAGCUGCUAGCUGCUGCUCGAACGGUCAGGAUUUUGUACCACUGAACUUUGUCGACAAGGAUAGUUGUAACUCUGGAUGUAUUGUCUACUCUGGAUUACGUGGCAAGAUAUUACUUCGGAGAUAGUGCUUUUCUUUGGAGA